AUGCCCGAUAUAACGAGAUCACGAGAGCGAAAUACCGGGACCAGAACGAAUAUUUCACUCAAAGUUGGGGACUGGAAGAUAUCUGGCGCACUGCGUGAACUGCACUCCGUUAUACCCCACAUUACUGCUUUUGCAAGAGUUUUGAAUCACAACCCUACUCCCCACAUCGAAGAAACCUCCCUAGGCGCAGCUUUGAAUAGUGCUGCACACUUUAUAUCGUACCUCGUCGAACAGCAAGCGCAGGAUGGCAUAUUGGUGACAGUGUUUCGGUGUCUCGAGAGCGAUUUUCUUCAGGAAACAGAUGCUCACAGUCUGGCCUUACAACUGGACUCUGCAAUUAGACCAUCUUUUUUGAAGGCUUUCUGCCGAUGCUCUCCAAAUUUAUCACACCCUACGACAUCGGCUCUAUUCAAAUCAGGGCAGGAUGGAACUACCUCAGUGUAUGCAAUUUUUGGGGGUCAAGGCGGCGCCAAUUAUACCAGCUUGCAGGAACUCCGGACAUUAUACAGUAUAUACGGGCCGUUCCUGGAAAGUCUCUUGGAUACCGCCACUUCAAUACUGUCGGGACUUGCUCAUUCAUCUGGUGCCGUGGAUUUUGAGUACGACUAUGACGGAUUCGAGUUAAAGAGGUGGCUAAAAGAGCCGGAGACAGCACCAGACCAAGGGCACAUAGCUGCUGCACCCCUCAGUUUCCCACUCCUAGGGCUUCUUAGUCUAGCACAUUUCUGUAUCACUUGUAAAAUUUUAAAUAAGUGUCCUAGCGACAUGCAAGAGGCCCUCGCUGGUGUCAGUGGGCAUUCGCAAGGCAUACUGGUGGCAGCGACAAUAGCGCAAUCUACAACAUGGGAAAGCUUCUAUGAGGCAGUAGGAACUUGCCUGAGACUUCUGUUUUGGAUUGGCUUGGAAAGCCAUUAUGCCAUACCUGCGGUUCUGACCGCGGACGACUUCCAGAGCCAACCUUCACAUAUGCUGAGUGUGCGUGGUUUAGAUCAAAAUCUUCUCGAGUCUUUCAUAGACGAGGUUAACUCGUGUUUUGAGGGGCAACACCAUAUUCACUUGGCCCUCGUCAACUCUUCCAGCAAUUUGGUCGUUGCUGGUCCACCAGACAAACUCAUGGGCUUGUAUAGACUUCUAGGCCGAGAGGCAGCGCCAAAAGACCUCGAUCAGUCCAGAAUUCCAUAUCAAAAACGCCGCCCUGUCUUUGAAGUAUCUUUUCUUCCCAUAUCAGCACCCUUUCACAGUUUGCACCUCAAAGAAGCAAGCCUUAGAGUUCUGCAGCACAUGGAAGGGGAAGAAAUUCUCCGAACCAAUCUGUGCAUACCUGUGUUUGGGACUGUUAACGGUCUGGACCUUCGAUCUAGCAGCAUGAGUAACUUGGUAGAGCCCCUGGUGCGAAUGGUCAUGACUGAGCCCGUCGAUUGGGCUGCUGCAUGCUUACCACACAAAUACGAUUAUCUCCUAGACUUCGGACCAGGGCGCUCUAGCAAUUUUCUGAAAAGUUUCACGGAGGGCUCUGGGGUUCGUACCAUCAAUGCCUUUGAUAUGCUGGGCGUUAGUGAUGUUGGGGGAAAGAAUGAAAUUUUCGCUCCAACUCUGCCACCAAAAUCACCACAUUGGGAGGAGAACAAUGGACCUUCAUUAAUUAAAGGACUUGAUGGCGGGAUGGAGCUAAGUACCAAAAUGACGAGGCUUCUCGGGGUACCACCUGUGAUGGUAGCUGGCAUGACGCCGACAUCGGUACCUUGGGACUUCGUGGCAGCUGUCAUAAACGCUGGAUAUCAUGUUGAGCUAGCAGCAGGAGGCUAUGUUGACGCUCGAUCUUUUGAAGAGGCGAUUCGCAGCCUAGCCGCAUCCAUCCCCACUCACCGUGGUAUCACUUGCAACUUGAUUUACGUUAAUCCAAAAUCUAUAGCAUGGCAGAUCCCACUCAUUAAACGAUUGAUAGCGAAUGGAAUAAAAAUCGAAGGUUUGACGAUCGGUGCAGGAGUUCCAUCAUUAAAUAUCGCAACGAAUUACAUCAAUACUAUUGGAAUCAAGCAUAUCUCAUUCAAGCCAAGCUCGGUCAGCUCAAUACGGCAAGUUCUUGACAUCGCGGGUGCUAAUCCAAAGUUUCCUGUUUGUAUCCAGUGGACCGGAGGGAGAGCAGGGGGUCAUCACUCUUAUGAGGAUUUUCAUUCACCGAUAUUGGAAACUUACAAUGAAGUACGGAGACAUCCCAACGUUGUCCUUAUCGCUGGAAGUGGGUUUGGAGAUGCAAGUGAAGUCGCUGAACUGCUCACCGGGUCUUGGGCUCGUAAUUUUGGAUAUUCGGCUAUGCCAAUCGACGGCGUACUUCUUGGAAGCCGCAUGAUGAUAUCCCGGGAAGCACAUACCUCCCCAAAAGUCAAGGAGUUGAUUGUGCAAACACCAGGAUGCGACAAUUCCGAAUGGCACAAAAGCUAUGACGGAGCAGUGGGUGGAGUAGUCACCGUAUCUUCAGAGAUGGGGCAGCCGAUUCAUAAGAUCGCCAAUCGUGCCGUUCUCUUAUGGAAGGACCUAGACGACCGCAUCUUCAGUAUCAAGAAUCCCGAAAAGCGACUCAAAGCGCUACAAUCAUCGCGUCAAGAGAUUAUUAGGCGCAUCAACAGCGACUAUGCGAAGCCUUGGUUUGCAAUUGAUUCUUCUGGUGAAAGUGUUGAGAUUGAAGACUUGACUUAUUCUGAGUGUUUGCGUCGUCUCGUCAACUUGAUGUAUGUUAGGUCUCAAAAAAGAUGGAUUGACGAGUCAUACAGAAAGAAAGUAGUUGCUUUUGCAAAUCGGAUUCGAGAGCGCUUCCAGCCAUCUUGUCAUUUUAAUUUGAGUGCGGACUGGGACCCCGCUCUGAAUCUCGACGCUUUUCUGAUAUGUUAUCCAGCCACAUUGACGGAACAGCUAUAUCACGAAGACGUGUCGUACUUCAUGGCUCUGUGCAGGAAACGUGGAGAAAAACCCGUCAAUUUCAUACCCAGGUUAGACGAGAAUUUCGAGACCUGGUUUAAGAAGGAUUCGCUAUGGCAAAUGGAGGACCUUGACGCCGUGGUUGGCCGAGAUCCUCAGCGCGUGUGCAUAAUUCACGGACCGGUAGCUAUAAGCCACUCAACAAAAGCUGAUGAGCCGGUUGCUUCCAUUCUGGGGAGAUUUACGCGCGAAUUGCUGAACAUAUUGCAACCGGUGCUUCUAAAGAAGACAGUCGCAGAAAUUACGACAUCUCUAGUUCACAGCCCUUCGGCGCUACGGAACACUACCAUAGAGAUGAAUGCGACAAGAACAGAAUAUCAUUUUGACGAGCAUGGUUUGCUUCCUGAAUACGAAGACUUUAUCAACAAUUUGCUGAGCUCACAUCAAGGUUGGGCCCAGGCCUGCUUAUCCGACGAGCAUGUCAGAUUUGAAGAUCAGCCUGUGAAGAAUCCGAUUUCUGCAGCUUUUCAACCUUGUCAUGGAGAUACAGUGGCUGUAACAUAUGACGAGGACAAACAGCCGAAAAACGUUGAACUCAACUCCAAGGCCCUUGAUGGUUCAGCCUACACCUCAAUUUCGCUCAAGUUGGUCGAUAAAUUACGUGUUCUUGUCACUUUGCAAAUCGACAAGGAAUGCAACUCCACAAAUUCGAGCAUAGUAUUUGAAUUUGCUUUCAAUCAUCAGGACCAGAAGCAUAGGCUGCACGAAGUUACAACUUCCCGUGAUGAAAUGAUCAAGGAAUUUUACUCGGACAUUUGGGAACACGAAAGAACUUUCCCUUCUGGCAUUGAGCUUGGCACUGAAUAUUACGAAAAAAGCAUCACGCUAUCUUGCCAAACUGUCGAGUCAUUCAUGAGCACGAUCACUAAGUCCGACCUUAGCCCAGCGGGUCGUGAAACGCUCUCCUCCAGGGCCAUUCCCUUAGAUAUCUGCAUUUCGAUAUGCUGGACUGCUUUGACGAAACCUCUGGUCGCAUCUGGUAUCACGGGUGAUCUUUUACGGCUGCUUCAUCGAUCAAACAGUUUUCAGUAUUGCGAUGGCGCUAGCCCUUUAUCUAUUGGGGACAACCUGCAAACUUUUUUCCGACUUACAGCCAUCAUUGUGAAGCCCGCAGGAAAAUCGAUUACAGUGGUCUCCACAAUCACGCGCGACAAGAAGCCUGUCGUCUACGUUACAUCAGUCUUCUUGAUACGAGGAACCUUCAAGAGCGAUGAGAUUUCAACUCAGUUGAUUGAUCGCUAUGACAUAUCGCUGCCAGUGACAUCUUUGAAGCUGCAAGCCUUGCUCCGAAGCAGAAGCUGGCUAAAAUUCACGGACUCGGACGAACCCUUGAUGGGCACUACUCUCAGAAUCAAGCUUCGUACAGAACAUAAAUCCCGCUCUGUUGGACAUGAUCUGAAAGUCGGUGGACAAGUGUUCCAAGCCACAGGUUCGCAGCUGUCUCCUGCUAUUGGUACAAUUGACUUCUCGCAUCCAUCAUGCUUGGGAAAUCCUAUCUCUGAAUUUUUCGAGCGCCACGGAGGCACAAGGGACUCUGCAAAGGCUCUCCAACACCCAGGCUGGAAGAAUCAAGUUUCUUGGAAUGUUAAGAUCCCGGUCUCAUUGAGGUCUUACAGUCGCGCAUCCAAAGAUACGAACCCGAUACACACAUGCACAUCAUUCGCGCGCUAUGCUGGCUUACGAGGAACUGUGGCUCACGGCAUGUAUACUUCAGCUUCUGUCCGUCGAGUUAUCGAAACAGUUGUAGCAAACGGCGAUUGUUCUCGAUUUCGAGCCUGGGCGUGUUCUUUUGAUGGAAUUGUAGAACAAGGUGACGUGCUUAAUAUUGAGAUGCAGCAUGUGGCAAUGUCUCAAGGGAAGAUGGUGAUUGCUGUCCGCGCCUACAACUCAGAAACGAGUGAGAAAGUUCUCGAUGCAACAGCAGAAAUCGAGCAGGGUUCUACGGCAUAUCUGUUCUGUGGACAAGGUUCACAGGAGAAGGAAAUGGGCCUCCCGUUGUAUAAUUCAAACUCUGCUGCGAAGAUGAUCUGGGAUAGGGGAGACAAGUAUUUUGUCGACACUUAUGGCUUCUCGCUACUAGAUAUCGUGUUUCGAGAUCCCAAAACCAUUACAAUCUACUUCGGCGGCAAACGAGGACGUACCAUAAGGAGCAAUUACCUCCAAAUGACACGGAAAGCAAUAUGCGAUGGAAAGGAGAAAAUGCAACCAAUAAUCCCAGGUCUCACUCCCACAUCAAAAUCAUAUACAUUUAAGGAAGAGCGUGGUUUGCUUUUCUCGACCCAAUUCGCCCAACCGGCUUUAACAUUGAUGGAAAUCGCCGAAUUCGAAGCUCUCAAAUCUCAUCAAGUUGUUCAGCAAGAUUUCAAAUUUGCGGGCCAUUCCCUUGGAGAGUAUGCUGCACUCGCUGCUUGUACGAGCUUCAUGACUCUGGAGAAUAUGCUGCACUUGGUAUUUUAUCGAGGAUUGAUCAUGCAAAAUGCGAUGACUAGGGAUGGAGAUGGCAUGACUGGGUUCUCGAUGGUUGCGCUCAACCCAUCUAAAAUAUCAAGAGAUAUGAAGCAAGAUUUCGUCCGAGAGAUCAUACGUGAGAUUGCUGAACAAAGUGGGCUUCUGCUUGAGAUUGUAAAUUUCAAUUUAGAAGGGCAGCAGUAUGUAUGUGCUGGGAAUCUCCAAGCUCUCGCUAUUCUAAUUACCACCUCCGACGCAUUGUCAUCCUUAAAGUCAUGCCAGUAUACCACAUCAGCUCUCAAGCAUCUUGUCGCCCAUCACCUCACUCAGUCCCAAGAUAUUCCUCGCCCCAUCACGCUGUCGCGCGGUGUAGCGACCAUUCCUCUCAAUGGAAUCGACAUUCCAUUUCACUCAACACAUUUAAGGGCUGGUAUUGAUACAUAUCGGGAUUAUCUGAAGGAGAAAAUUAACGAGAGCGAUAUAGUGCCGGAAGAGAUGGUUGGUAAAUGGAUUCCAAACUUGGUUGGUGUACCUUUCGGAACUGGAAGAGAUUUUGUUGAAAGAGUGGUUGAGGUUUCGGGAAGUCAGGUGUUGAGCGAAAUGCUUAAGGGUUCUGAUGGUUGA